AUGCAAGUCCAGGAGCCUUCCUACGCGAGGAUUUUCUCCAUUAUAAAGGCCCUGCCAGUACCCAGCACGACGAAUACUCAUACUUCCCCAAGAGAUGGCCAGCGAACUCAUCGUCAACGCGCCCGCUCCCAAUGUUCCCUACUUCAUCCCCGCGCAGAAUCCGCCUGCGGGCACUGCGGUCCCGGCUUGACCGUGGUUGAGGCGACCGCAGUCGUCCCAGAAGGCCGUAUCACUCCACAAGACGUCGGAAUCUGGUCCGACGAGCACAUCCAGCCCUGGAAGGAGAUCGUCCAGUUCGCCCACUCCCAGAACCAGAAGAUCGCCGACCAACUCGCUCACGGGGGGCGCAAGGCAUCCACGGUCGCACCAUGGCUGCAUUCUACACUCGCUGCGCCCGAGAUCGACGGCAGCUGGCCGGACAACGUCUGGGGUCUGAACGACAUCCCGUACAACGAACACUUCCCGAAGCCGAAGGAGCUUUCGCAUGACGGCGUCAAGCGCGUCGUGCAUGCGUUCGCGGAUGGCGCCCUGAGCGCGCGACGUCAUCGAGAUCCAUGCGCGCACGGGUACCUGAUCAGCGAGUUUCUCAACCCGCAAGCGAACAGGCGCACGGACGAGUAUGGCGGAAGCUUUGAGAAUCGGAUCCGGCUGCUGAUUGAGAUCGUUGAUGCCUUGCGUGCGAUCAUACUCCCGAAAUGCCUCUCUUCGUCUGACUGGCUCGAGGAGGUCUAUCCGAAUGAGCAUUGGGGCAUCGAGGACACCGUUCGGCUCGCGCCCACCCUCGCCGAGCACGGCGUCGACUUGCUCGACGUCUCCAGCGGCGGCGUCCAUGCCGCGCAGAGGCUCAAGCUUAAACCGCUCAUGCAGGUUCCGUUCUCCGAAGCAGUCAGGCGCGCACACGGCGACAAGAUCCUCGUCAGUGCCGUGGGCUCGAUCACGGACGGGAACGACGCGCAGAGUGUGCUCGACCAGGGCGCGGCAGACGUCGUCUUUGUCGGACGCCAGUUCCAGAAGAACCCCGGGGCCGUCUGGGCGUUUGCGGAGGAUCUGGGUGUGACGAUCACCGUCCCGCACCAGAUUGAGUGGGGCUUCGUCGGGCGAGGAGGUGUCGGCAGGAAGGGUGUGGCCGGGUUGAAGCAACAGUUCUGA